AUUCUUCAUCAAAAUAUGGUUGUAUAUUACUUUCACAUCAACGUUAAUUCUUGGGCAGGAUUCUGACCCAGAGAUGAAGAUGACUACUCCUCAAAUUAUAAUGAGAUGGGAUAUCCUGCAAUGGUUUACGAUGUAUCAACCCAGGAUGGAUACAUUUUAGAAUUGCAUAGAAUUCCCUAUGGAAAAAAAAAUGCUUCAUGGCCAGAUGGAAAGAGACCAGUAGUUUUUAUGCAACAUGGAAUCGAAUGCUCAUCAUCCAACUGGGUUGUCAAUUUGCCAACGGAAUCCGCUGCAUUCUUUUUUGCUGACGCUGGUUAUGAUGUAUGGCUUGGAAACUUCCGUGGAAACACAUACAGUAUGAAACACAAGAAUUUGAAACCAUCUCACUCGGCAUUCUGGGAUUGGUCAUGGGAUGAAAUGCAACAAUAUGAUUUGCCAGCAAUGAUUGAGAAAGCUUUAGAAGUUACUGGACAAGAUAGUCUAUAUUAUAUUGGACAUUCACAAGGCACACUUACAAUGUUCAGUAGACUUUCCGAGGAUAAAGUUGGAUGGGGAAAUAAAAUUAAAAAGUUCUUUGCACUUGCUCCAGUUGGAUCUGUUAAACAUAUCAAAGGAGCUUUGAAAUAAAAAAUUUCUUGAUGAAUAUUUUUCACCCGAGUUUGAUGGAUGGGUCGAUGUUUUUGGUUCGGGAGAAUUCCUUUUGGAUUGGAUUGGAUUAUGAAGCUUGUUUCUCAAUCAGUAUGCGCAGGUCUCCAGGUUGAAGCUGGAGUAUGUGAUGAUGUGAUGUUCUUGAUUACGGGCCCAGAAUCGAAUCAACUUAAUACAGCCCGUGUCCCAAUUUAUGUGGCACAUACUCAAGCAGGAACUUCUAAUCAGAAUAUCGUGCACUGGAUUCAAAUGAUUCGGCAUGGAGGUGCUCCGAAGUUCGACUAUGGAGUGAAGGGAAACAAGAAACAUUAAGGCAAACGUUCCAACAUAUGAUUUCACUUCGGUGAACCGUCCAGUUUAUUUGUAAUGGGGCGAUUCUGAUUGGCUUGCCGACCCAACAGACAUUAAAGAGUUUCUAUUGACUCAUCUUAACCCUUCCAUUGUUUUGCAAAACAACAAGUUUCUCGACUACAAUCAUCUUGAUUUCAUCUGGGGACUCCGUGCACCAAAAGACAUCUAUAAACCAAUUAUUGAAAUUGUGAGGAAUGAUGUGCUCAAUGGUUCAAAAACGGUGUUUCAUUAACAAUUCA